CAGCAUAAUGGAGAGAUUCCUGCUAAUUUUCUGGAUUCUAUCAGGCUGGCUCAUUCUCUCACUAUGCUUGGAACAUCAGUACUACUUUGUAGAAAAUAAGAUGACUUGGUAUCAGGCUCAGAGCUACUGUAGACAACACUACACGGACCUGGCCACUAUCAGAAAUUCUGAAGACAUGAACCAUUUCCUCGACGUUUUGUCUGCUCAAUCCAGCUCUGACGUCUGGAUUGGUCUGUACAGUGAAAUCAAUUGGAUGUGGUCGAAUGAGCUGGAAGAGCGCAACCCUGGGUACACAAACUGGGAGAGUACAGAUAAUGAUCCAGACUUUAUUUCUGCUAAUCAGUUCUGUGUGUGCAUGGGAGACAAUGGCAGAUGGUGGGACUACAACUGUGAGGCCAAGUUCCCCUUUGUUUGCUAUACAGGGACACCAGGGGGAUGUAAAUUUGUAGUUAUAAAUGAAACAAUGAGUUGGUCCGAAGCUCAGAGGUACUGUCGGGACAACUUCAUAGAUCUAGCCGACAUUGGGAACAGCACAGACAAUCAACAGGUUCAGCAAUUAGUGCCAACCGGAAACUGGGCAUGGACUGGUCUAUACAGAGAGGAAAAUAUUUACUGGUCUGAUCAGAGCAGCUUGUCGUUCACGAAGUGGGAUCAUAUAUCGAAUCCGAUCGGCUCAAGGGGGAUAAUUUGUGGCGCUACAUCUGAAGCAAGAUUGGCGAAAUGGAGGUUUUUAGACUGUUACACCACACGGUCAUUUGUGUGCUAUCGGUUCAGAGAGCAAGUGAUGAGGAGAAGGGUGAAAAUAAAAGUGAAGUCAGACAGCUCAGCAAUUCUGACUGACCCCAAUCUGCAAAACAAAAUCCUCAGGAAGCUCCAGGAGAAGCUACAAGAAAAUGCACCUUUGAAGUUCGUUCAGCAGCCUGAUGGUAAAAUCUUCCACAAGGAGAAGGAAAAGAAAAGGACAGAACUCUAA